AUGUUUGGUGGCUCAAAGUACUUUGGCUUCCGUGGCCAGAGGCUGAAUCUCGCUGUUGGCAUCAUUGCCGGUAUUGAUUUCUUUCUUUUUGGUUAUGACCAAGGUGUAACUGGGGGGCUUUUGACCCUUGGAACAUGGGUCAAGCAAUUCCCCGAAAUCGAUUCAGUCCACAAUCCUACCAACAAUCAUAUCUCCACGAUACAAGGCAUAACCGUAGCCAGUUACAAUGUCGGAUGUUUCAUCGGUGCUAUCAUCACCAUCUUCAUCGGCGAUAUACUGGGGAGGAGGAAGAUGAUCUUCAUGGGAUCUGCUAUCAUGGUCAUCGGCGCCACUUUGCAAACCACUGCCUUCAGUCUUCCCCACCUCAUUGUUGGAAGAAUUAUUACUGGUUUUGGCAAUGGUAUGAAUACGUCUACGGUGCCUACAUGGGCUUCGGAAACUUCCAAGUCUCACAAACGUGGAAAGAUGGUCAUGAUUGAAGGAGCUAUGAUUACCGGUGGCAUAUGUCUAUCUUACUGGGUUGACUUUGCCUUUUCGUAUCUGGACCCAAACCCAGUUUCAUGGCGUUUCCCAAUUGCUCUCCAGAUUGUCUUUGCUCUGUUCUUGCUUGCACUCAUUCUAGAAAUGCCGGAAUCUCCCCGAUGGCUCAUACUUAGGGGUAAUGAAGAUGAAGCCAUGAAUGUCAUUGCUGCUCUAGAGAACCUUCCGGUUGAACAUCAUAUUGUCCAGACCGAAUUCAUGGAGAUCAAGGACACCGUCCUUGAAACGAAGGCCCACGGAUGGGCCGACUUGUUCACAAUGGGCCCAGAAAGAAACUUCCACCGUGUCGUCCUUGGAUACGUCAAUCAGGUCUUUCAACAGGUGUCAGGAAUUAAUUUAAUUACUUAUUACGCCCCAACAAUUUACAAGCAAUACAUCAACCUGGGUGACACGACUUCGAGUGUGCUGGCUGCAUGCAACGGAACCGAGUAUUUCAUCGCAUCCUGGUUUGCCGUCUACACAAUCGAGCGAUUCGGCCGCCGAACUCUCAUGCUCGUAGGCGUUGCUGGAAUGUCCGGAUCCAUGGCCAUCUUGGCUGGUAUGAACUACAUCUCACAACGCGAUGCAGCUGCUGCCAUUGCCCGUGGCCAACCACUCUCAGGCGCCACACCAUCUGGCAUCGUUUCCGCCACCUUCCUCUUCGUCUUCAACACCUUCUUCGCCGUCGGUUGGCUAGGCAUGACAUGGCUCUAUCCCGCUGAGAUCGUUCCCUUGAAGAUCCGUGCUCCCGCGAAUGGUCUGUCGACUUCUGCAAACUGGGCUUUCAACUUCAUGGUCGUCAUGAUCACACCCGUGGCAUUCAGUUCCAUCGGCUACAAAACCUACGUAAUCUUCGCCGUAAUCAACGCCUUCAUCUUCCCCGUCGUCUACUUCUUCUACCCGGAAACCGCCUACCGCUCGCUCGAGGAAAUCGACAACAUAUUCCGCAAGACCAAGAGCGGAUGGGCCGGCUGUCUGGACGUCGUGCGCGUCGCGAGGGAGGAGCCUAGGCGCUAUGGGAAGAAUGGGGAGCUGUUGCUUGAGUAUGAGGCUACCGUUAGCUCUGAUGUUCGUGCGAGGAGGCGUGUUGGGGGUGGUGCUGGUGCUGGUGCGCAUGAAUCGAAAGAGAGCAAGGGGAAGGAAGCGGAACAUGUAGAGACGGGGAGUGGGGAUAGUAGCACGUUUGAGAAGAAAGCGUAUGCUCAUGUUUAA